GGUCAGUCGUGGAAUAUUUUCAGUAUGCAUGUGAGAGAUGUUCACCGUUUACAGAGUUUGCAUGUUUUGAUUGAUUAUUAACUAGACUGUAAUUUAAAAAAAUGUUUAUUAUGUGCAAAUGUGAUUUGAUCAGACUCUAUUCAGUGAGUUUAUAUGGUGUAUAUCUAAAAUGUAUUUCUUUGCAUUUUACAGCUUUUUAAUAAAGUUGCCAUUGUGAAUAUUGAUGGAUGUGUGACGGAUGUCUUGUGGCUGAUGUGCUUUAUAUUUUAAACACAGCAAGCUCAGACGUGUGUUUAAUGUCAUGCUGUAUAAAUUCAGUAACUUAUUUGAGAUUUCUCCAGGUCUGGUCCUGUGGGUCUAAGUAUCAGACAAAGAUGGAGUUUAUUAAAGAGGAGAUUGAAGACAUGAGUUAUCCAGAACCAUCCAGAAUAAAACAUGAAGAUACUGAGGAACAAACCGACUCGACUGAAGUAAAACGGCAAAGAAUGAAGCUGAAAGAAGAGGAGGUGUGUUGUAAAAUCAACAUUUUGUCAAAAAAAGCCAAACAGCUGCACACAUGCCCUCAGUGUGGAAAGAGUUUUAAUGCAGCGAUAGAUCUUGCUUAUCAUCUACACAUACACACUGGAGAAAAACCUCACAAGUGUUCAUAUUGUGGCAAGAGAUUCACUCAGCCUGGAACCUUGAACAGACACAAGCUAAUUCACACUGGAGAGAAACCUUACCAAUGUACUAAGUGUGGGAAGAGUUUCACUCAGUCAUCAGGUCUCACAAAUCAUCUUCACGUUCACUCUGGAGAAAAGCCUUUUAACUGUGAUCAGUGUGGUAAAAAGUUCAUUUCUUCAUCAACUCUAAAAAAACACCUGGUAGUUCAUUCAGAUGAGAAGCCUCAUGUGUGCACUUUCUGUGGAAAGGGUUUUAAAAGCCUGUACAGUUGUAAACUGCACCAGAAAAUACAUAAUGAAGUGAGAGAUCAUGUGUGUCGUGAUUGUGGGAAGAGCUUUACUAGAGCUUACAUUCUGACACAGCACCGAAGAAUUCACACUGGAGAAAAACCUUACAAGUGCUCAUAUUGUGACAAGAGUUGCGCUGUGUCUGGAAAUUUGAAAGUACACGAGCGAGUUCACACUCGAGAGAAAAAUCAUCACUGUACUCAGUGUGGAAAGAGUUUCAUUCGGUCAUCAAAUCUAGUGACUCAUAUUAAAAAUCAUUGUCCUGUGUCGAAGUGAGCAAA